GGUUCCUGAACGCGUCCCUCUGGUUUGGUAACGUGAGCUUCUCUCUGCGCGCGGGCAGCCAGUGAUCGGUGACCAGCACCGGACCAACACACACACACACACACACAGACACACACAGUGCACGGGCGAGACGAAGCAGCGAGCCGUCUAACACCAUGAAGGACAACAGUUUGCCCCGGAUUGUGCUCAUUAUCCUGUGCACGGUGGUUUUUAUCGCCGUUUUAAUCGUUAACGCGUUGGCCGGAGCGGGCAGAGGUCCUUUCCAUUCCUCUACAGGUAAUGUGUCAAGCCGCUAUGAGACAGACAUCACUCCAGCUGGCUGGACCUUCUCUAUCUGGGGGGUGAUCUACACCUGGCUCUCCCUGAUGGUCCUAUACCUCACUGCAUAUGUAUUCAGAGGAUCCUGGGCUCAGUGUCUGCUGCCCUACUCCUUCUAUUUCUGCUGGCUGUCCAACAUGGUGCUGAACAUGAUAUGGUUGCUGCUGUGGGACAGAGAGUUGAUGCUUGCAGCUCUGGUUGUAUUAAUCCUGAUGGUGAUGACCAACUGCACCGCUCUGUUCUUCUGUUGCUUCGCCACCGAUUACUACGGCCUCUGGUUGCAGACGUACCAUCGCAAAGACCUGGCUUGUCUCCGAAUACUGGUCCAGAAUGGUUUGGCCGUCUACACCACGUGGACUUCCAUCGCCUCUCUCAUCAACUUUGCGCUAGUUCUCCACCUGUGGGGGGUGGACCGGAGCACAGCAGCGACCGCUUCUCUGUGCAUCCUGUUUGCAGAGGUGGUUGCAUGGUUCAUUCUUGAGAACUGGGUGCUGGACCGUUGGGUGCGUAACAUCCUGACGGUGUACCCCGUGGUGAUCGUGGCUCUGGUCGGGAAUGUCUUCCAGCAUUUUAAGCCGGCUCAUCCCACUCCAAAUACUGUGUUUAUGGUUGUCCUGCUGGUGUUAGCGUGCGUCCUGCUGGUGUCCCGACUCUGCAGCGUCAUCUGGAGGAACAAAUGGCGGCCUCUCCACUCCCCAGGCUCUGCACGGCUGAUGGUGUCCCCCCUCGAUGGCAGGAAAUUCAAGAUCUUUUCUUAAACACGAGGAACUUGUACAUUUCCUCCUGUCCCGCUUUCAGGCUGCUCUUAAAUACAUUUUUACACAAGCCACUGCAAUGCUCUACGAGGUUUCAAACUCAUGAAGGUGUUUAACAAGUCAUGGAUUUACAUAGAUAACAAGUGUAUUUCUUUAAAUAGACUUUAAAUAAAUAGUGUUCAGAGUCUGUAAUAUGAAAGGAGGAAAAUAUCUUAUUUCUUAAACUGCAAUUU